CUCGUCACGUUUUCCCGGUCUUCACUAUCCUUAGUAAGGGCGGUCGUGACAUAAGUGUGUGUUGCUUUGUGCAUUAUUUGGCCUACAUUGUACGUUGUUGUCAUUUAAUUUGAAACAGUCUCUCAAGUUUAUGUCUUAUUGCAUUAUUUGGCUAACUACACAUUACAGCUUGUAAAUUUGUGCAUUAGGUAUGUAGUUUUUUUCCAAUUUAUAACUACAUGAGCAACUAUGAAUAGUACUAUCUCGAUUUAUUGAUUGAAUCACAUUGACACAUUAUGAAUCAUUAGUUACGAAAAUAACCCGUCGUUGUGCAGAUCUUUUUCCCCAUAUGGGGUACAGCGCAUCAGUAUGUGAUUUGUUUUGAUUUGCCGCAUGGCAAAAUGAAUAUCUUAGACCAUAGUUUGGCAGAACCACACGCCUCCUUCGAAGCUAAGUAUGGCAAGACACCACCCCUUCUGCAAAAUUUCCUUGCUGAAGCACUUACGAGGUGCAAAGUUCCGAAAAUGGCAACCCAGGUGCGAAAAUGCAGAACCCACGUGGUAACCAUGCCUUGGAGGAACAACAACUUCAUUGACGAGGCAAGUAUCUACGUCAUGCGGCACAUGGAAACUUUUUUUGGUGAAAGGGAGAAGGUCUGGGAUUGUGGCCUUAAUGCAAAUGGAACCAAAAACUUGGAGAUGUUCCGCAUCAAAUAUGCAAGGACCCUCCUGACGUGUGCUUACAACACUAGAGGUGGUGACAACCAGAAGCAAGCCACGCAUUUUUGGAAAGAGAAGCUGGUGGAAUUCAACUUUGAAAAUUGGGUCGACCAGUACGGGCUGGAUUGAUAUAUUCUAUGCACUAUACAAAUGGUGAUGGGACAAGUAAUGGCAGCAUUGAAGUAAACUCUUGAAUUUUAUGGAUAUCUUAUUUUUGCAAAGUACAAUUGUUAGAACUUCUACUAGUAUGCUUCUUGGGAACAAUGGCCUGUGCCAGUUUUAUGAAUGUUUACAUUAACACAA